AUGGUUGGUUUUAUAAUGUUUCAACAUAUCGAUGCACGUUUGCAGCAAAUAAUGAGAACAAAAAAGCCAUUUGGUGGAGUAUCAGUCAUGGUUUUAGGCGAUUUCAAUCAAUUAAGACCAGUUGGGGAUAAAUACAUAUUCCAGUUUAAUAAUUCAUACAAUGCUUUAGUCGAUAGUUCAUUAUGGUCACUAUUUGAAUUGUUUGAAUUGACAGAAAUAAUGAGACAAAAGGAUGAUAAAACUUUUGCCAUUGCAUUAAGUAACUUAGCUAAAGGAACGAUGACAGCUGAAGAUAUUCAUCUGUUAAAGUCACGAAUUGUUUCAACUGAAAAUUUAGAAACGAUUGGAGAUGCA